GGCCUGGGCGCGCCGGGGCGGAGUCGCGUGGUGCCCUUGCUGCUCGCCCGGGACGCGCGACUCCUGGACUGUUGUCGCGGCUCCGAGCUCGGCCAAGGCCGGAGGACAGCGGUCGCCACCAUGUUGUGCCGGGCGGCGUGCAGCGCGAGCCCGAGGCUGCUGGGCGCCCUGGGGGCCCGGCACAAGCACAGCCUCCCCGACCUGCCCUACGACUACGGCGCGCUCGAGCCGCACAUCAACGCGCAGAUCAUGCAGCUGCACCACAGCAAGCACCACGCCACCUACGUCAACAACCUGAACGCCACCGAGGAGAAGUACCAGGAGGCGCUGGCCAAGGGUGACGUCACCACGCAGGUGGCCCUGCAGCCCGCGCUCAGGUUCAACGGCGGAGGCCACAUCAACCACACCAUCUUCUGGACAAACCUGAGCCCGAAUGGUGGCGGGGAACCCAAAGGGGAGCUGCUGGAGGCCAUCAAACGGGACUUUGGCUCCUUUGACAAGUUCAAGGAGAAGCUGACCGCCGUGUCUGUGGGUGUCCAGGGCUCCGGCUGGGGCUGGCUCGGCUUCAACAAGGAGCAGGGCCGCCUGCAGAUCGCUGCCUGCGCCAACCAGGACCCCCUGCAAGGGACAACCGGCCUUAUUCCACUGCUGGGGAUCGACGUGUGGGAGCAUGCGUACUACCUGCAGUACAAAAACGUCCGGCCCGAUUACCUGAAAGCGAUUUGGAAUGUCAUCAACUGGGAGAAUGUCACGGAGCGCUACAAGGCUUGUAAGAAGUGAAGCGAGAGCCGUGCACGGCAACGCCCUCCGCGUUUGUGGCCUCUUGAAUGGCUGCGCCUGCCCGUGUUGUACAAUUCCUUAAUAUAGUUCUUUUGGGUCUUUGACGGACAGAGUUUAAUGCUAAGAGUCAAUUUCUUGUGUUAAAAUUUUGUUAUGGGCGACUGUUUAGAAAUAUUAAAUGCUUUGUACGAUGUCA